AAAGUUGUUGGUAGACGCGGGUUGCUUACAAAACAUCCGAUCCGAAGCAAUCCAUGGCUUCGAAAACGCGUGCCCCCCGCUUCGUGCCGUGCACGUAGUAGACAUUGCCAGCAAUAUCGAAUGUUCAAAACGGUUCAGUGCUCGGUACGGUUCGACGCAACAUCCCUCUUUGGCCAACACGUGUGCUAGCAAGCAGCCAAAUUCUUUCUUUGAAUUCAUCCUACAAUCCCGUUGUGUGUCGUGUGGCUAGAGUAAGCGAAAACAAUGAGUGCGCGACCUUCGACGGCCUCGUUUGCGCAGCAGCAGGCGACCGACAUGCUGGCAGCGAUCAUCGCCCAACUGCCGGCCGUGCCGAGCGGCGAGCUCGAUGAUGAAGCGGGCGGACCGCGGUCCACCCCUACCGCCAACCACCCGUCGGCCUCGGUCGCCGCCAUCCAGCAGUCGAAGCGGUUGGCCAAGCUGAAGCAGAAGCUCGACCGGCAGAACAACUUUAUGGUGGAGCUGAAGCGCAAGAUUCGCGAAAAGGAGGCGAUGAAACCGAAGGCCGACUGUGAUCGGGAGGAGCUGGCGUUUCUGCGCAAUCGGCUGAAGAAGGAGGCGGAGCUGCAGCACAAGCUGCUGGCGGAUGUGAUUGCGGAACAGCGCCAGGAAGGGGCAAACCAGUGGCAAUCGAUCCCGCUCUGCCCGGACAAGCUGGACGAGUACUGUGCGAAUCCGUGGACGAUCGGGUCGGUGCCGGUCGGUGAGGAUAGGCGCUUUUCGAUCGAUUCCACCCUGUCGGCGCUCAGCUCGUCCGCGGACGAGCAGGUCGGGGGCGAGAUGCCGGGUGGCUGUCCCGAUGCGAAGCUGGUGGAACGGUUCGAGAAGGAGCUGAUGAACCGCGACCGGGUGAUUGAGAUCCUGCAGGGCCGGCUCGAUCGGCUGUCGGCGGAUGUGCACAAGGUGCGGCGCGAUAAUGACACGAUACUGGAUCGGCAUCCGAAGCCGGUCGCCCCGAUCACGCCCCGCUUCUGUGAGACGGACAUGAUGCAGCGGUUGGAGUUUUAUCGAACGAACACGGAAACGCUGGGCCAGAAUUUGGAGGAGAUGGAGAGGGCGCUGCACACCAUCCAGCAGGAGCUGGGCCCGAUGGGCCGGGAGUCGGAGUGUCCGGUGAAGGAGGCCUGCGCAAAGCCAUCGCAUUCGGUGUGCGAGAAGAGUCCGGCGGCAAGGAAGUCAAUAUCGUACUCGCGACCUUCCGUAGCGCAAGGCAGAGCUUCUACGUUUUGUGAUAUGAGCGAGACCUGUCCGCUGCGUGAGUCUGUCGCACCGGCCGUAUGUCCGAAGGAUGGCGAAGCUCAGAAGCAGUACACGAUGCUGCUGCAGGAGUACACCAAGAAGACGACCGAAUGUCGGCAGCUUUGCGAGCGGUUGGCCAAAGCGCAGGCCGGCCCGGAAGACCCGACGCCCGAGCACACCGAGCGGGAGCUGCUGAAGAAGCGCUGCUCGGAGCUGCUGGACGAGCAGGACGAGUUCCGCGUGCUGAUCCGCGAGCAAGCGACCCAGCUGGACGACUACCGCGCCCGGUACCUGGCCGCCCAGCAGCAGGUCGAGGAGCAGCGGCUGCAGAUGAGCAAGCUGCAGGUGACGAACCGGCGCGUCGAGAAGCAGAUCAACUUCGAGAUCGAGCAGAUUAAGCGCAAGUUCCAGGACAAGCUGCGCCACCUAACGCCCUACCCGCGGCUGCUAGAGGACGAGCAAGCGAAGGCGGAACAGUUGAAGCAAUCGAACGAGACGCUGUUUGCCGAGCUGGAGCGUUCGCUGCGGCAGGUGAAGAUGCUGGAAGAUCGGCUCCAUCAGGUGCACGUGGCGAAGGAUACCGAGGUGAAGCAGGCGCUCCAGCAGUCACAAACCGAUCUCGAGCAGGCGCAGGAACGGUUGGACGUGAUGGCGAAGGAGAAACAGCAGGUCGAAGAGGAAGCGAUCCGCUGGCAGCGGGAGCUGGACGAGCUGCGCACCGAGAGUGCCAAAAUCAUUGAGCGGGCAAAUCAGCGCGUAGAGAAGGAACGCGAAACGGCUCAGAAGCGGUACAGUCAGCUGGAAAGCGAGUUGGCCCAGUGUCGUGCCGAGGCAUCGUUUACGAUUGGAAACCGGGAGCAGGCCCUGCGGGAGAUGCAUUCCCAGAUCAAGGUACUGUCGUCGAGCUUUGAUGAUGCGCAGCUGCAGAUACGUUCGCUGCGCAAUCAGUUGGCUUAUCUGCAGAACGAGAAGUUGGUCUGUAUGGCGUAAGGAUGUGUCGGCUUUGGUGGAGAGUGGUUAGGUGAUGGAGGUGACUAUCCAAAUUUGGGGCUGAUUGGAAUAAAUUGGAGAUGGGAAGGAUGUACCAAA